AUGUCGAGCAUGAACUUUUCGACGGCAUUGUCUGCCUUGCGUGAAUGUAUUCGUGUUAAGCGCCUGGAAGGAAACAUAUUCACUUCCCUGGAGGAUAUGAUGUACAAGAAGACUCAGUGGUUACGGAGAGAGAGGGAGGGUUUCUCAGGUCCCCCUGACUUGUUAGUCAUGUACGAGCACCACUUUCCAACUGUUCGGCGCGACUACACGAAAGACCGCGAAUACCUUGAGAGUGUAACAUCACUUACAGUUUUUCCCAUCUGUGAUCUUGCAAAGUACUCAUCUCGUAUUCAUCGUGGUUACAUCUGGAGAAGGAGUCUCGCAGUUCAGAAGGCCUUUAGACGUGGCUAUUGGCGAUUUUGGUAUUUCUCUUCAUAUUCAAUCCUCGGUUUACCCUGCUUUCGUAUCAUCUUCUCAUACGUGCGGAGGGCGAAGAAAAGCCAACUUGAGCCCGCUGGAACAGGAUUAGGAUAUCACGACAAGAAUAUGUGUUUACGGCCUUCGCAUUCUCUGUCAGUGCGAGCAGAGGGAUCAGUUGAGACGACGACAUGGAAAGAACAGUCUAUGACCUCUAUGAAAUUAGGGGUUGCUAUCGUACGAACAUGGAGGCCUCUGCUGAAAACUUUUGUUCGAAGAAUGGUAUCUCAGAAUGACUUCUCAUCUAAACCGAGGGAUGCAACGGCCUUCCUGUCCAGAUAUCUCAUGUGUUACACGGCAUCUUUGACAGAAACACUGGUCUUUAUCAGCCCGAUGCCUCCAGCUCUCGAUGGUAUUACCUACAAGUCACCCAGAGAGCAGCGCUCCAAUCUCCCACUCAAUCACGCGCCGGGCCAUGAAUCGGCCAUUGCUGCAUCCCCGCGACAAGUAACGGGCCACAGAUACAGCAGUCACGGCUGGUUGACUGUAGACUUUGAAGUAUGUAGUCGUCUGGUAACAUAUUACACCGGAUGCGCAAGCUAUCGAACUGCCAAAAGUGUCAAACCUUUCGCCCUAAUACCAAGUAAACCCUCCACGCGAACGGGAAAGCCUCACAUCCAAAGCACUAUUUCUGGUCUUCAUAUAUCACGAAACAUGUCGCCGUGUGAGGCUUUGAAUGUAUCAAGAAAAGCGCCCAAGGCUUGGUUGAUCAUUGAAUUCUCUACCAUAGUUUCUAUACCAAACAAGUCCAAGUCGUCAUCUGUGAUGUCCAUGCUACACAUAUCAGCCUUCAACCACUCGCAACCCCUUCUCCGAAUCUUCGAUACACGUAGAAACGUCGUCACCGACCCAUCCGUCAGCGCCGGAGGUCCCACCGAACCCUCCGAAGAGCCCCGCGACCCGCCCCUCCGAAGACCCCCCAUCAUCGUGGCCCUCCCUGACUUAGGGCAAAAUCCACACGGCAUCACACAUCCAACAAUCAAAUCCGCUUCAGGAUGGGUGUUCUCUUUUGCUGGUGAUGAGAAGUGUGUCGGUGAUAGAGAUCGCUCCCUUCAAUUCAAUAAUCUUGAGAAGAUGUCCCAGUCCGCCUCCGGCUUGUGGGUUAUCUUGCCGGCGAUGGCUAUCCUGUCGCCGCACGCAGAAGGCGUCGGCUUUCUCGAGGGUAUCCAGCCAAACAGCUUACUAGAAAGGCUCGUCUGCGAAUUUAUUGCAAUCAGACAAGAUGAUAUUGUAGUCAUCGUUACUCAAGUAACAAUACAGAUGAGUAUAGGAAACUUCAUUAUGCUGCCAACCGCGAGGCUGAAAAAGUACAGUGGGGACCCAUUAGUGUCCAUACAGCGCACAGUAUCCCGCAAAAUCAGGGAUCUUCAACAGUAA